AUGGAAAAUGUUUGCAUGAAUGAUGUGAGUGAACCUGAGUUUGGGAUGCUAUUCAAUUCAGAACAAGAUGCAUACGAUUAUUACAACAAUUAUGGACGGGCAGUGGGGUUUAGUGUUAGGAGACACUUUGUGAAUAAGAGCAAGAAAGACAACACGACUAUAACAUCUAGGGGAUUUGUCUGUUCAAAAGCUGGUUGUCGGUUGAGUGACAAGCGAGACAUCAAUAUUUUUAAACCCCGAGCUAAGACAAGAACAAAUUGCCAGGCACGAAUGAACAUAUAUUUGGUUGAUGAGGGAAAAAACAAGUGCCGUGACUUUUUGAGAGAACAUAAUCAUGGGCUUCAUACUAUAUCAAUAGUUUAUAUGAUGCAUUCACAAAAGAAUAUGUUAGACAUACAUAGGUAUGAAAUUGAUUUGGCAGAUGACUCGGGAAUCAGGCCUAGAUCCACAGUUGAGUUGAUGGGUAGGCAUGCUGGUGGGAUUGAAAACCUGGGCUGUAUGACUCAAGAUGUUAGGAACUAUCUCCGCACUAAAAGAGAAUGUGCCUUAACAUAUGGUGAAGUAGGUAGUUUGAUGAAGUACUUUGUUACCCAAACUAAGAACAACCCAUCUUUCACAUACUCAUUUCAGCUGGAUAGUGAAGAACAAAUAACUAACAUAUUUUGGGCGGAUCCAAAGAUGAUCAUUGACUACACACAAUUUGGAGAUGUAGUCAGUUUUGACACUAUUUUCGCACCAACAAAGAGUAAUGGCAUUACGCAUUUGGGUCAUAUGAUGAAAAAUGGCUCUCAUUUUCUUACAAAUUUAAAGAAAUGUAUAUACAAAUACGAUGUGGAAGAUGAAUUCGAGACAACAUGGUAUAAUUUAUUGAAUGAGUAUGAUGUUAAGGAUAAUGAAUGGUUGCAGCGCAUAUAUGGGCUUAAAAGUCAAUGGGCGAAGUGCUAUAUGAACACCACAUUGACAAUAGGCAUUCGAAGUACACAGCUCAGUGAGAGUCUCAACAGUGACUUAAAGGACUAUUUGAAGUCAACUUUGGAUGUUGUGCAAUUUUUUAAACACUUUGAGAGAGUUCUUAAUAGAAGCGUAGUAAUGAAUUAA